CGACACAGCUCCUCCCUUCACACGGAGCUCUCCGCUCGUAAAUGCUAAGCUCACGCUCAGUGGCUGCUUCGUUUUCAACUUCAAGACCCGAUCCAAUCCCUCAGAGUAAAUGAGGCCAUUUGAGGCACUACCGCUUCUCAGAAUCAGAGCUAUAGAACGCUCGCAAUUUGUUCUGGGGGGAAGUCCUACGGAGCCGCCUCCCGACGGGCAGCGAAGCAGAGUCCGCCAAGCACCAGAGCGGCGGCCGCGGGCAGCCCCUCUGGCCGCUGCGCUCUAUGGUGCUGAGGAACUUCCGGGGCGCGCCGGGUUGGCAUGGCGGUGGAUGGGCAGCCUGCUGGGUGCCCCGUGGGGCCGGGACCAGGGUCACGGUGCGGGGAGGAGCCCUUCAACCCCUCGGUGCUGGGCACCAAAGAGCAGUGAGUGCUGGGAUGCUGCAUAUGAAAGAGAACUGCAAACUUUUCAAGACAUUGGAGAUGCUGGGGAGAUUUGGUUUGGAGAAGAAAGCAUGGUGCGCAUAAUCAGGUGGCUGGAGAAACAAAAGGUCCCUCUUGACAGCUCUGUGCUUGACAUUGGAACUGGAAACGGUGUUUUACUGGUUGAAUUGGCAAGGUCUGGCUACACUAAUCUCACAGGGAUUGAUUAUUCUCCUUCUGCAAUACAACUUUCAGAAAAAGUAAGAGAGAAGGAAGGGAUGUCUCACAUUAAAUUAAAGGUAGAAGACUUCCUGGCUCCAUCAGCUGAGCUCUCGGGAUUUGAGAUUUGUAUUGACAAGGGGACAUUUGAUGCCAUAAGCCUCAAUCCUGACAACGCAGCAGGGAAGAGGAAGCAGUAUGUGAGAUCGCUCUGCAGCGUACUGAAAACAGAGGGCUUUUUCCUCAUAACGUCUUGCAACUGGACCAAGGAGGAGCUGCUGAAUGAGUUCAGAGAAGGAUUUGAAGUCUUGGAGGAGCUGCCAACACCCAAGUUUUGCUUUGGAGGAAGAAUUGGGAACAGUGUAACAGCAUUGGUUUUCCAAAGGAAAAAAGCAAGCCCAUCCAUCUUGGAUAAAUUAGAUUAGUUGAGAAAAGGCUGAACUUUAAACCUGACAGAAAACCUCAGACAUGUGUGUAAAUAAAUGCUUUUAGAGUACACAGUCAAAUACCAUCUAUGGGACUCCAAGGGACUAUAAACCAUUGCCCUAGAAACAUUUCAGCUUUGCAUAACUUGCCUGUAAAUUUUGUCCUUGCUACAACCUCACUUGUUUUAGGGAACUGCAAGUUUGUAAGUGAAAGAGAAAUGAGACAUUCUAAAUAGAGUCUAAUGUAGCUCAAUUGUGUUUGCAUUUGGAACAUAAAUAUUAGCCGGUAUUUUGUUUCUGUGUUGGUAAUCACUGACCAGGAGAGAUGAAGACAAAGCAAAAGUCUUAUUUGUCUUUGGUGUGGUGUAAGAAGGAACAAGCUUUUGCAAUUUAAGUGCUGAAAUCACGUUAUUUUCUUCUUAGGUGAACAUUGGUGUAGCUGUUAAGAGAGAAAUUAAUCUAAAAGCCAUAGCACUUACAAAAAAGGAACCAGUUAGUGCUUUAAAUUCAGAUUUUCAGAGGCUCUCAAACUCAGCAUAGUCCUGUCUCCACUGAAACAGCCCAACACUUUUCUCACACAGGGAGUUUUUUCAGACUCACUUGCCUGAAUGUGUAUAUGCAUGGUCAGUUAUUUUCACUGAUCUCAUAACUACAUGAAGGUGUGAUGUUACAGUCUCACUGGCAUGAGACAUGUGCCUCCUCCAUUAUUAAUUUGCUAUAUAGUAAUGUCUGAAGAGCCAACAAUGACUGUAUGCUUUCCAGUGAAUUUCUCAGGAGAGAUUUUAGCUUGCAUAAUUCCAAAAGAAUUCAAAGCAUAACUAUCUGUUCCCUUUCUCUUUUGUUUUAAAUAUCCUUUUUAUUUAUCCCUUUGCUUAAUUUCUCUGCCUUUAUUUCUUCUCUUGCUUUGUAUUUUCAAAAUGCUGCUUGAAAGCAGGAAAAUGAGAUUUCUUUAUGCCUGGGCAAACACAUUUGUGGGUUACAGUAAACUUGUCCUUUCAGGUGUCAUGGAGGCCCCAUUAGGCAGUCAGGAUUUGUUUCACAGGCAAGGUCAUGUUUGCUUAUCAGAGAAUUACUUCUCCUGCUUUCUGGAUUUCUCCUAGUUCCCCAGGGUUCAGGAGAUCUUAACGGGUCAAGAAAUACUUUUAGCCCUUGGCCAGGAUAGGGAAUAGGGCAGAGUGGUAAGUCCUCCAUCUGUGUCUUCAAAGUAAUAAUCCUAAAUUCAGCAUCUUUUAGCAAAAUGGGAUAUAUUGGUUCCAUUGGGAGAGUGGUCUAUCAGCAGUGGUGAGAAGGUUGAGCCCCAGUGAGUAGCUCUUUGCAUAUUUAAUCAGACUUCGGUUCCUAACUCCAGUGCUUCGUUGCUAUUUGGGUAACUGUUGCAGUGGGAUGCACUCUGAAAUCCACGUGGUAAUUCAGAGGGCUUUUUGAUGGAUUGCACAAAAGAUUCAAAGUACUAUAAACCCUAGUAAAAAGACUGACUUGUUUGAAGCCCAUUUGACAUCAGGUGGAGUUAAUACAAGCAACUUGCAGUUGGCAGGUACUCUGGCAGAAUGUUUAGGGCAUCUCUUUUAUUCCCAUCUGUAAUUUAUGCUGGUUGCAUAGUAUCACAUCCAGGCGGGUUUUGGAUCUCUCCAGAGACAGAGACUCCACAACCUCUCUGGUCAGCCUGUUACAGUUUGUGCCUGCUGCCCAUUGUCCUUCACUGAGUACCACUGAAAAGAGACUGGCCUCGUCCUCCUGAUCCUCAUUCUUCAGCUGUUGAUCAUCACUGAUAUGAUCUCCUCUCAGUCUUCCCCAGGCUAAACAGCCCCAGGUCUCUCAGCCUUUCCUCCUCAGGUCGAUGCUUCAGUCCCUUAAUCAUCUUAGUAGCCUCCACUGGGCUCUCUCCAGUAGAUCCUUGUCUCUCUUGAGCCGAUGACCUCAGAACUAGACAUAGUACUCCAGAUGUGGAACACAUGCAGCAUGUGAAAUAUGUUCUACUAUUGUUUUACUAUCUGAGAACUGUGUAUGUGACUUCCCUGUCAAAUAUGAGAUUUUAGGUGGUAAAACUAACAUCUCCUAUGGAUCUCAACAGCAGUUGAGCCCACAGACUUUUCCUGCGGUACCAAAUUUGAGCUGGAUGAUGCUACAGAGCUGACAUACCUUUCUGGGUCUGGGAAUAAAUAGUUUGAUAUAAAA